AUGAGCACUCCUUCAUCAUUUGCACAACCUACUGUGUGGGCAAUUGAGCAAAUGGAAAAUCCAUUAAUUCUUAACCACCGUCCCUUUUCAGCAUUUGGGCUUCCUGUCACCCUCUGUUAUGAUGGUUUUGCAAAAUUUCAGGAAGACCUAAUUUCAAUUAACAUAUCACAAGAAGAUACACAAUUUGUUUUAGAAUUUGUGCAGUCUAUGUCAGAAACAUUCAAAAAUGAAGAAAAACGUAAAAAGAAACAUCAUAAUAUGUUGGGUAAAUAUCUUGAUGGUAGUAUUAUUAUCUCAAGUGAAAACUCUAUUGCUAUAAUCAUGAUAAUUGAAAUUAAGCCAGAAUUGGGUCUUGGUGCUGGAUGUCCAUAUGUGCAGGCAUCUUCAUAUUAUGCAGAUUUUAUUCUGCAUCAUGGAAAAAAUUCAGCUGUGAAAGUCAUAAAUCAAAGUUGCUGUCCUACCUUUUUACUCCAUAUUACAGGUCCAUAUUUGGGCAUUGCUGGAAUAUUGUCCAAAGAAAAUGUUACUCCAGAAGAUAGAUAUCAGUUCCACUUUCCAUAUCUAAGAAGUUUUCAAUUAAAUAAUGGAAAUAUAUCUUCAUUCUCAUAUAUUAAACAGAUUGAUGGUAAAUUGGUAUUUGUUGUAGAAAGUAAGGGAAAUUGUACAAUUGUGAAAUUUUCUAGGAGAUAUCCAAAAGAUAUUCAUUUGAAAUGUUCUGAAUUAGGAUUAGCACCAAAGUUGAUUGCAAUAAAUAAUUUGGAAGGAGGGUGGAAAAUCGUAGCUAUGGAAUUCCUUGAUACAUUUUUCAGUAUUGACAAACUUCUUCAUAAUAACCCAAAUCAAGCUGAUUGCAUAAAAUCUGCAGUUGAAAAAAACAGUGAAUAG